GUGGACAUUUGGCUAUUAAGUAUUGAUCAGCACGAUGUUAGCAAGAUGGCUAGAGAGUACGCUGAGGACGUAAACAGGGAAAACAAACCAAAUAUUCUGUUGCACAGUAUCUUUAUUCAAACCUGUUUGUUUACAAUAUUCUUAUUCCAGUUUGUUUAUGAUUUGUUCACACCAUAUUCCAUGUCAGAGAGAUGCACAAUAUGUACUUAACUCUACACAGACAUGCUACCUAAUUUACUAGAAGACCCUGAGUUGCAUGAUAGGGGGGAUCCGGCACAGACUAUAUUCAUGGAAGAUGAGGCGGCUGUUUUAAGUUUUAAAAUGGGGAGAGUGUUCUGCCCUCCGAAAAUAGCAUCAGGCAACCCAUGUUUGGAGCAUAUUAAAUAUGUAAUCCUCCCUUGGUUUAGAAAGUUCGAGGUGGUUCAGAAGGAAGAGGACGGUGGUAACAAGACAUUUGCAAGUGUGGAAGAACUUAUUUUUGCUUAUGAAAGUGGUGUGGUUAAUUCUGCUAACUUAAAGCUAGCUUUUGAGCGGGCAUUGAACAAGAUAUUGCAGCCUGUUCGUGACUACUUCAGGGGCAACAAUGAAGCCAAGGCUCUAAUUCACGCUGUUGAGCAACAUGCAUUGAGAAACGCGAGUGCUCGACGAGGAUGAAGAGAACCAGACCGGGAUGGAUUCUGGGACCUCUGGAUUCUUUCCUUUUAUCUGCCAAUCAUGUAUCCUUGUUUCAUAGUCAAGCUGAACAAUUAUGUAUAUCCUGAUUUGGUCGUCGUGCAUUGUCAUAUUUAA